CACCGCCCAGACAGCCAAUUGAGCAGUAAACGCAACAAGCCCCACAGACAGCUGAUGUCUGUCAAGCCAGGGGAGAAAAAAAAGGGUCUAGAGUCUCGCGAUACGAGGAGCCGGCUGGGAGCUGCGAGAUGUGGGGGCUCAGGUGUAAGAAAGCAUCUCAUCCCAGUAGUAGAAUAGAGCAGAGUGCUAAGUGAGAAGGAGAAGCUGGAGGGACACACUCACACGCCGUGUGGUCAUCAUCAGGACAUUACACAGCAGCCGGAGAGACGAGCUGCUUCCUACACACCACAGCCUGGCUCACUUUUCUUCCCACUUCAGGACUCUUCCAGGAUUCCAUGCAAUUCUUUCAAGAUGAUGUCCAUGAACAGCAAGCAGCCUCAUUUUGCCAUGCACCCGAGCUUACCUGAGCACAAGUACACCUCUCUGCAUUCUAGUUCGGAAGCAAUAAGGAGAGCAUGCCUACCAACUCCGCCGCUGCAGAGCAAUAUCUUCGCCAGCCUGGAUGAGACCCUCCUGGCACGGGCCGAGGCCCUGGCCGCAGUGGAUAUGGCCGUGAACCAGGGCAAGAGCCACCCGUUCAAGCCUGAUGCCACCUACCAUACCAUGAACAGCGUGAACAGCAUGCCAUGCUCGUCCAACUCCACGGUGCCACUCGCCCAUCACCACCAUCAUCAUCACCACCACCAUCACCAGCCGCUGGAGCCCGGGGACCUUCUGGACCAUGUCACCUCUCCGUCCCUGGCACUUAUGGCCUCCACCGGACACGAUGGAGUCGGGGGUGGCGGAGGGGGUGGAGGUGGCGGCGGAGGCGGCGGAGGGGGUUUGAUUUCCACCUCGGCCCACCCGCACAGCCACAUGCAUGGCCUAAGCCACCUGUCCCACCAGGCUGCCAUGAACAUGACCUCUGCCCUGCAGCACCAGGGGCUGGUGGCCCAUCACGGAUCUGCCGGACAGGUGACCUCGGCAGGACUAGCCUCUAUCUGCGACUCAGAGACAGAUCCGCGGGAGCUGGAGGCGUUCGCGGAGCGCUUUAAGCAGAGGCGGAUCAAGCUGGGGGUCACCCAGGCGGACGUGGGCUCUGCUUUGGCCAACUUAAAAAUCCCCGGGGUGGGUUCCCUCAGCCAGAGCACCAUCUGCAGGUUCGAGUCCCUCACCCUGUCCCACAAUAACAUGAUCGCCCUCAAACCCAUCCUGCAAGCCUGGCUGGAGGAGGCCGAGGGGGCCCAGAGGGAAAAAAUGAACAAACCCGAACUGUUUAAUGGGGGGGAAAAGAAACGCAAGAGGACUUCAAUCGCUGCCCCUGAGAAGAGGUCCCUGGAAGCUUAUUUCGCUGUCCAGCCCCGACCUUCCUCCGAGAAGAUUGCAGCCAUAGCAGAGAAACUGGACCUCAAAAAGAACGUGGUGCGGGUCUGGUUCUGUAAUCAAAGACAAAAGCAGAAAAGAAUGAAAUUUUCUGCCACUUACUAAAACAAAAACUAAAAAAAAAGUCCUCCUAGAACAAAAACUAUUUCUGUAUUUAUUUCCUUAUUUAUUCUGAAUUUAAUUUAUUUGGAGGGCUUUUCUUCUCUUCUAGAAGACUCUAGUGAAACUUGAGAUCAAGACGGAGAAUUAAAUCUUAAGAAGAAGACUAAAAAUAAUAAUAAUAAAGAUUAUUUAUUGCCGGGACCAAUGGACAAUAAAGGGUGGGAAUUCGGCGACUGGGACUCUGUGAAAACUGUAGAUCUAUUCUUGAAUUUUACUAGUUCAAUAAAAAUCAAGGGCAAGUGUACUUGUAUUGGACAAGAGCAAGUCUAUAGAAGUCAUCACACGGAAGCCCUAGGGGUUAAAGUGUUGGUGAUGCUGAUGAUCAAAAUUAGAAUAAUGUGAAAUUGACAGUAUUUUAGCCGAGCUCUGUUUUAUUAAUUUAUUAAUGUUCUCAUUCUGUCUCUUGUUGCUGGUCACUGGGGGGGGAGGGCUGUGACUUGGGGGGGAAGGUAAUAGAUCAGGAAGCAUUGUUUAUUU